CUCGCCCCUGCUCAGCCACUUGCUCUGUUGCUGGCGCACAUUUGUAAGAAGGUACCUGGCCACACACCUGUGCAGAGCCAGCAGCAGGCCCGCCCAGUGGAGGAAUGGCGGGCCCCCAGCUGCCUCGGUUUCUGCUUCUGGCUCUGGUGCUGCUAUUGAAAAUUGACGGGAAUUCCUUUACUACCACUGACACCUCUACAGGCUGGAGUGCAUCUUCCCCCAACUCAGGAAAGGAGUCCUCUUCUGUGUCCUUGGCCCCCACUGACAUGACCUCGGAGGACUCUUCCGUGUCCUUGGCCCCCACUGACAUGACCUCGGAGGACUCUUUCGUGUCCUUGGCCCCCACUGACAUGACCUCGGAGGCCUCUUCCAUGUCCUUGGCCCCCACUGACAUGACCUCGGAGGACUCUUCUGUGUCCUUGGCCCCCACUGACAUGACCUCGGAGGACUCUUCCGUGUCCUUGGCCCCCACUGACAAGACCUCGGAGGACUCUUCCGUGUCGUUGGCCCCCACUGACAAGACCUCGGAGGACUCUUUCGUGUCGUUGGCCCCCACUGACAAGACCUUGGAGGCCUCUUCCGUGUCAUUGGCCCCCACUGACAAGAUCCUGGAAGCCUCUUCCAUGUCUUUGGUGCCCACUGUCAAGACUUCUGAGCCUCCUGGCCCAGGUGACAUUGUGGUCCCUGAGUUACACAGGAACCCAGGUGUAGUGGUGAUCGUGUGUUUGUUGGUGUCUAUUUUACUCAUCGGGUCGGUGAUCAUGGCUGUGAGGUGCUGCCAUCAGAGAAAGCCUGAGUUUCAGAAGCUAGAAGAGGUGUCCAUGGUGAGGGAUCCGUGAGUGCAAGAUCAUCCUUUGCCCACCCAUCACCCAAUGGAGUGAACCCACCAUGAGGGGCUGACAGAGAUGGAGGCUUGAAUGGGGCUAGAGCCCCUGGCGGGGGGAAGAGCCUGAGGAAAUAAAAUUUCUAGUAUUCA